CGAAUAAUUCCGAUUCUUUUUUCUUGGAAUCUAAAAAACCCAAUUCGACUCUCUCUCUCUCUCUCAAAUUGGAUCCAACGGUCUAAUUCUCUCGUAACUCUAUGAUUUUCUCGGGAAACCGAAAGAAAAAACAGAGGUUCACAACGAAUCUGACGGAGACGUUUUGAGAUUUGUCUUAAAAGGGGGUAAUAAUAGUGUCUGAAAAUUUUGUAACUUUUUGCUUGCAUCUUCGGUCGGAUCCAUGACUUACGGCGAUGGCGUCGAUAAGACGGUGCCUGAGCUGAAAUUGAGAAUGGAGGAUCCCGAGAACGGAGAUUACGUGAAAUUAAGAGGAAGAUCGGAUGAAGAAGAAGAAGAAGAAGAAGGAUCAUCGGGUGGGGGGUGUUCGUUAGGGUCGGUGACGUCUGUGUGGUUCUGGGUUAAAUUCAUCUCCCUCCUCGCUUGUCUUGCUGUAUUGGCCUUUGUUAUCAUUAAAUGGAUUGCUCCUUUUUUGAUCGAAAAGGAACUGAUUCCGUUUAUAAAGUGGGUGGGAAGCACAUUCAGCAUCCCGGUGCUCGGACUUCUCCUCUUUGCCUCUGUUGCAUUGUUCCCAACCAUUCUUCUUCCUUCCUCUCCUUCCAUGUGGAUGGCUGGUCUUACCUUUGGUUAUGGAAAAGGCUUUCUCUUGAUUCUAUCUGCAGCAUCCAUCGGUGUUACUCUUCCUUUCUUAAUUGGACAUCUCUUCCUCCACAACAUGCAAGAAUGGUUGAAGCAAUACCCGAAAAAAGCAGCCAUACUUCGAGCUGCCGGUGAAGGAACCUGGUUCCAUCAGUUUCAAGCAGUCACCUUGAUCCGUGUCUCUCCAUUCCCUUACAUGGUUUACAACUACUGCGCAUUGGCCACUGGAGUUCACUACGGUCCUUACAUCUUAGGCUCUCUUGUUGGAAUGGUCCCUGAGAUCUUUGUCUCCAUCUACACGGGAAUAAUGCUAAGAACACUAGCUGUUGCAUCAGAAAAGAGACACGGUCUUUCGGCCAUGGAGAUAGUAGUGAAUGUUCUUGGUUUCUGUGUAACUGCGAGCGCGACUAUAGUCUGCACUAUCUAUGCGAAGAAGAAGCUAAGCGCAAUGCAAUCAGAGGAAGCAGCAGAGACAUUAUAAAAGUACACACGCUGCUUGAAGAACUCUUUUCAUCACCAAACCGCUUAAAGAGCCAGUCACUAAACGUAUCACCACCAUCUAACACGAUCUUGGAAGUUGUAUGUAACUGACCAUAUUAUACGAAAAUAUUUUGUUUUUGUUUCGUUCAAAUUAAUAUCUCUGCUUUUUUUGUAUAGAUAUAAUUCAACUAGAUAAUCUAAUUAUUAUUAUUUUUCCUUAUAUAAAAUCUAACUCAUGGUGUUCAUC